AUGACUGAUAACGUUACAAGCACCAGCGCUGCUGUCGAGCCUGAAAAGGUUACCAAGGAAGAAGAGACUGAAGUAAUUCAAACCCCCACCCCCAAAGAAACCGAGGAUGAUCCAAUUGAAAAUGGUACACUGGAAAAACGAAGCAUAAGCGUUCCAUAUCUUUUUAACUGGAAUGCUCGUUAUUUCGCUUUUGGCACCAGUGAAACAAAGUAUUCUGUGGAAAAUCUUCGUCAGUAUUAUAAGAAAACUCGCAGAACCAUAAGGCAAUCUCACGGUUCGCCAAGUGCAACUUCCCCUGAAGAAACUCCCGCCGAGGAAGGUGCCAAAACUUCUACAGCCGCCGCCACUGAGGCAUCUGGCGAAACAUCACAAGUGAAAAAUGACGACCCCAAACGUGCCCUCCAUGCCCUUUGUGCUAACAUUGCUCACGCUAGUCAAACUGGAAAAGGUCUUUUGUUCUAUUAUAAAUCCAGUGACCACACGAACGAGCCACACGGUAUUAUCAAUCUGAAAUUUGUGAAAGAAGUAAAAGAAUGUGGUACCAGCGGAAAGGCACAUGAAUUUAAGAUAAUUACCGAAUAUCGCGAAUACGUAUUGAAGGCCGAGAAUGAAACUACCAAAAAACGUUGGAUAAAAACCAUCCAAGCAAAGGCCCAAGAGGCAAAAGAAUAUCCUUUGCCCGAAACAGAAGAGUACAAAAGUGUAUACGAUCAAGUUUGUAAGUUGACGCAAAGUCGUGUUGUUUCUCAAGAACGUUUCCUAAAGGAAGGCGGCGGUGUCACUUCCGACUCCGAAAAUUAUACUUCGGGUGAAGAUACCGAAGUUAAGUCGAAACGCAAAUAUUUAAGCUUCAUUGGAGGCAGGCGACCUGAAAAGACCGCGAAGACCGAGAAGACCGAAGCCACUACCACCACCACUAACACUACCACUAUUAACGAAAUCGCUGAGAUAGUUGAGGAAAGUGGGGAAAAACCACCCGAAAGAAGACCUAGCCUGUUUUUCACAAACUUCUUUGGAGGAGGAAAGAAGUCUGAAAAAGAUAAGGAAAUAAAGGAAAGUGUAGAAGAAACCGUAGUUGCUGAAACCAGUACUGCUGCCGAAACAAAAGUGGAGGUUGUAAAUACCGAGACGACUAUCGAUAAGGUUGAAAAAGUCGAAGCAAGUCCUACAGUUCAAAAAUUCUCGUUUAAAAAAUUUUUCAGCAGAUCUACCUCUGAACCUAAAGUUGAAGCUGCAGAACAGACUGUACUUGAAACCGCUGAGAUUGUUGCCGAGGAAACAGCCGAAGGAGCCACGAAAGUUACCGAAGAAACAACGAAGGCUAUUGAAGAAACAGUAGUAACCGAAGAGGCAACCAAAGUUACCGAAGAAACAACGAAAGCUAUCGAAGAAGUCGCCGAAAAAAUAACAGACGGAGCUGAAAAUCCUGACGAGGAGGCUGACAAAGUUGACAUAAAACCGGAAAGUUCUAACCCAAAGAAAGCUACCGCUGGAAUAUUUCGCAGAGUCACUCAAGUAUUUAAGAGAACUAUAGUGGAUGAUAGUGGGCCAACUAGAGACGUACCGGAAACAGCGGCGGGAAGUUCCACCGAGAAGGAAGAAACCGAGGAUUCUACUAAGGAGGUCUCUAAGAAAAGGUUAAGUAAACAAACACAACCGGUGCAACCUGAAGAAGUAGAACCCGAAACACAACCUACGACAACGACCAUCGAAUCAGCCGCCGAUGCAACAGAUAAUAAGGAAUCCGAGAAUUUAGUAUUAAAAAAGAUAGAAUCUCCCCGCAAGUACGGUCAACUGGAUAAGUUAACCAAGCGAAAGGUGAAUUUGAGGAAGACAUAUAAACCACGAUACUUUGUAUUUACCCAGGAAGGAACUUUAAAUUACUACACGAGCGAAAAGGAUGAAUCGGAACCCAAAAAAAUUCCGAUUACUCAUGAGGUUAAGAUCACCAAGGUUGAAGACAAACAAACCGAGUUUGAAAUUGAUACCAAAUCAAAAGGCUACAAACUCGUUGCUCCAAGUGAGACUGAACGAAAUGAGUGGAUCACCGUACUCGAAGACUAUAGAAAAUCGCUUCCGGUGACGGAUCCAUCAUCUUCUAAGGCACCGGAAAAGAAGGUUGAAGAAGUUCAAACCGAGGCGACAGAGACAAAGGAAAUAGUUACCGAGAAAAUUGAAGAAAUCGUCGGGGAAACUGUGGUGAAAACCGAGGUAGAGAUAACCGAAGUUAAAUCCGAAGUUAAAUCCGAGGAGAAAACCUUAGAGAUAACCGAGGAGAAAACCGUAGUGAUAACCGAGAAAACCAAAGAGAUAACCGAAGAGAAGCCCGAGAAGGAAAUUGAGGAGAAACCCGCGGAGACAGUCGAGGAGAAACCCACAGAGGUAAUUGAAGAGAAGACUACCGUCGAAACCUCAACUACCUCCGAUGAAAAACAAUAG